AUGGACCGUUUCGCGAGCAUGCACGACGAAGACAUCGACAAGCUGGGAAUCCCGAACCAAGGAGGUGCGCGAGGCGGCGGGGGAGAGGGUGGCUGGAAAGGCCGGAAACGCGCGAGAGAGCUGUCCCAGCUGAAGGACAGGCUGGACAGGGCCUCCGAGAAGGAGCAGCAGUCUUGGGACCUCCUGAAGCAGGCCGUGGGUAAGGGGGGAGGCGCGGCAGCCGACGAGGGGCGCUUCAAGGCCACAGGCACCAACCGGGCAGCAGAGGAGAUGCGGGAACGGACGGUCGGACUGGUAACGGCGGAGGAGUUCCGCAAGGCGAGGGAGGCCGCCGACUCUUUGGAGGAGGCGGAGGCGAAGCGAAGACAAGAGGAGGAGGCGGCAGCGGAGGAGGCGAGGGAGACGGCGCGAAAAACGGCCCAGCGAAAGAAGAGAAAAUCCGAAGCCAAGAAGAAACGCCUCCAGAAGAGCAAGAUGAGCUUUGCAUUGGAGGAGGACGAGGAGGAGGAGGCGGAAUCUUCGGGCAAUCGCGUAGGGCCACAGCGAACAGAUCCCGCCUCCCUGGCUGCCGGGAAACCUGCCGGGUCGCUUGGGUGCACAGCCGUGGAGAAGGACGGUGGGGACGACAAGCCAUCAAUACCCCCGAGUGGGCAUGGUAUCACGAAAAACAGGGAUGGCUGUGGGGGAGGCAUGUCCGAGAGUCGGAGCUUAAAGGGGGCCGCACCGGAUGAGGAAAAUUCUAGCGCAGCCGCCAAGCUCCGGGAACGCCUGGGCCGUGAUCAACCGUAG